AUGUCGAGGACAGGGGCAGAUCAGACUACCGACCACUCGCGAUGGAGACUCCGCAAUGACCGUGGGACCCAGACAUGGCACUAUCUACGGACGGACAAGGAGGUCGACGAGUGGCCGCAGACUAUAGCAGACAAGUAUUUCCUCAGUCAGCCUCUGGACCUACCAGAGCUUCCGACAGCCAAAACUCCCUUGCAGUCCGCUUCCAAUGGCUUGGAGUUCUUCUCUAAACUUCAAUUGGAACCGGGGAACUGGGCCUGCGAGUAUGGUGGACCCAUGUUCCUCCUACCCGGUCUAAUCGUAACCUGGUAUGUGACACACACCCCGGUACCGCCGGAGUUCUCUAUUGAGAUCAAGAGAUACCUCUUUGCCCGGCAGCAUCCAGAAGAUGGCGGGUGGGGACUUCACGUCGAGGGCCACAGCUCUGUGUUUGGCACUGCGAUGAAUUAUGUUGCGCUGCGAUUGCUAGGAGCCAGUCCCAAGGAUCCUCGUAUGGUGAAGGCGCGGAACAAACUACAUGAGCUGGGCGGUGCUCUGUAUGGACCUCAUUGGGCCAAAUUCUGGCUCUGUGUCCUCGGAGUCAUGGGAUGGGAUGCUCUCAACCCAGUCCCUCCUGAGUUAUGGCUACUGCCUGACUGGGUACCGUUUGCUCCAUGGCGGUGGUGGGUUCAUAUGCGACAACCACCCCAGCAGACUCUCUUACCCGAGAAAUACGGGAAGAAAUAUACACCCCAGUCCUACGAUUCUAUCAAUUUUGCGUCUUACAGGGGCUGUAUUGCUGAUGCAGACAACUAUCACCCAAAAUCCAUACUUUUGAAGGUCCUCUUCUGGAUCCUUGCUAACGUAUGGGCUUCCCUGCGCUGGCCAGGGCUUGUAAAAGCAGCUGAGGCCAGAGUUUGGCACCUAAUCCAACGGGAAGAUGAGAACACCGAUUAUGCAUGUCUUGGUCCUGUCAACGCUCCAAUGAACACUCUCUCCUGUUACAUCCAUGAUGGGCCCCAGAGCAAGUCUUUCAAUCGCCACCUGGAACGUUUACACGAUUUCUUGUGGAUGAAAGACGAGGGAAUGUUAAUGAACGGCACUAAUGGAGUUCAACUAUGGGAUACUGCUUUCGUAAUUCAGGCCGUAGUUGUCGCAGGUCUCGCGGAGGAUCCCAAAUGGAAGCCAAUGUUGGUAAAAGCCCUUGAGUUCGUUGAAGAUCAUCAGAUGCUAGAAACUAUUCCCCAAGAAGAGGACUGCUAUCGGUUCGAGACGAAGGGAGCAUGGCCGUUUAGCACCAAGACCCAGGGAUACACCGUUAGUGAUUGCACCGCAGAAGGUCUACGAUCUGCUCUUCAGCUACAAAAGCAAUUUGGCUACCCAGCCCUAAUCUCUGACCGGCGUCUCAAGGACGCCGUGGAUACCCUCCUCAGAAUGCCUAACCCAAGUGGUGGAUUCCCAGAAUAUGAGCCUGCUAGGGCCUCAGAAUACGUCGAGAUGCUCAAUGCUGCAGAAGUAUUCGGCGGUAUAAUGAUUGGAUACACUUUCCCCGAAUGCACCACUGCAGUCGUCACGGCUUUGUCCUACUUUAGCAAAUUCUUCCCUGACUAUAGAACAGAGGAUAUUAGAAAAGUUCGCGAAGCCCACGACCACGAACUUCUUCGAGUACAACGGCCAGAUGGUAGCUGGUAUGGAAGUUGGGGUAUCUGCUUCACAUAUGCCGCCAUGUUCAGCCUGGAAAGUUUGGCUACCGUGGGCGAAACCUACGCCACUAGUGAACGAUCUCGCCGUGGCUGUGAGUUUCUGCUGUCCAAGCAGAUGGAGGACGGCGGUUGGGGUGAAUCAUACCUCAGCUGUUCAAAGAAGGUCUAUCACCAUUACCAUACCUCCCAGGUUGUGCAGACGUCCUGGGCUUGUCUCGCUUUGAUGGAAGCAGACUAUCCACACAAGGAGCCUUUGCAACGCGCCAUGAAGCUUCUCAUGUCUCGACAACAGCCAAAUGGUGAAUGGUUGCAGGAUGGCAUCGAGGGAGUUUUCAAUAUGUCUUGCAUGAUCACAUAUCCGAACUAUAAGUACUACUGGCCAAUUCGUGCUCUAGGGCUUUAUGCAAAGAAAUUCGGCAAUGAGGAGCUUUUGUAG